AUGACUACCCCGACGAGGAACGAAGCGCUUGGUCGGUAUGACGACGUGGUCCACAGUGGCCGGUGGGACGAUCAACUGGACCUCAAAAGGAAGUGUGAGGCUGUAAACUCUCAGCAAAAGUGCUGGCUCAGCGCCGACUUGACAGCCUGGAACCAAGUGCUGCACAGGCUCGCUUUCGAACUCGUUGAGACUAGGCCGGGAAGACUGCGCCUGCAUUCGAUACAGCGUGGCAAAGCCGGAGGCGACAAUACGACUGCCGCCCGACGAGCGUCCUUUCUUGUUUCUUGGCUUCUCGCGCAACACCGUUGCAUCGAAGAGUUCGGUGCUACCUGCGCCGUGCCUUGUGGCCGCUCGCUGGAGGAGACGCCCUUCCCGAUUCGCCUGCGUCCCUCGUCCGGCGAUAGGAGAAGCCUACGUUGUCUGGAAAUCGAGGAGCGACCCACGGCCGCCCUGGCCGUUCGAGACAUCGACGCCGUCACAGACCUCGAGACGGUGUGUAUCAGUGUGCGCUCGGUCAGAAGCGAGUUCGCCAGCGAAGUCGAGGAACUUUUACGACGCAACGCGAGCUCCAUCAAGACGCUCGAUAUCUCGAACAUGAACCAUCUGCCGCGCAACAUCAUCAGGGCGCUCGAGUGCCUCGCCAAGUGCGAGACGUUGAGGGUCUGUUCGCUCAUGGAUUUCAUCAAAGGCUUGCCGGACGCGCAGGCAGUGGCGGAGCUUCUGCGCACCUCCGCGGCCCUGAAGGAGCUCACCGUCGACCCUGUUCUUGAGCCGCAGAUUUCUCUGGUGGCCAAGGCUCUUAAGUGCAAUGACACGCUGACGAAACUUGUCCUGUUUAUACCGGAUUCAGCCACACUGCCCAAAGCACUGUUCUCCGCGCUGGAAGUGAACGCUGUUCUGCAGGAACUAUGGCUUAGGGGGUGCUGUUAUAUCGACGCCGAAUGUGGCCAGGCUGUCGCGUCGGCACUGAGAAAGAACUCUCAUCUUCGCGGCAUUUACAUCGAGGACGUUCAGAUCGACUACACUAGCAUGGAGGAGUGGCCAGAUGCUCUAGAGAACAACAGCGCAUUGGAAUGGCUUCUGCUGUCGGGUCGGGAGCUGCCCCUGAACGGGAUUUCCACCCUGUGUAGGAUUCUGCCGGCGAACAAGACCUUAAAGAAGCUUACAUUUGAUAAAUUUCAAGCUUCACAGCAAGAAAGGGAAAUCUUAGCAGAGCAGUUGGCCGAAUACAAGUGCUACGGCCGGGUGCAGCUGCCCUGGGUUGACCCCGACUUGGUGGGCCUAGCCGCUGCCAUCGCCGCACCAUCCGAAUGUCCCGGGGAACUGUCCCUGCAAGACGUCUGCCAACUAACGGAAGCUUGUCUCUGGCCUCUGUGCGAAGCCCUGGCAUCGAGCAAGGGCGUUCGUUUCCUCAGCUUCACAGUAGGCGGUGACACCGAGGGCCGAGGGGUCGCACUCUGCCAAAUGCUGAAGGUCAACCGGUCCAUCAAACGGCUGUUCCUCAGAAUGACGGACGACAGGGACGCGGACUUCUCCCGAGACGUCUUCCACGCUUUGGCCGCCAACAAGACCAUCACGGACCUGGUCGCCCACCUCGACAAAGUCGAGAGGCCAGAGACGGCGACCGCGCUGUCGUACAUGUUGGAGCACAACAGAACGGUUACCAGCGCCACGUUCUGGUUCGCGACCGACCGUCAGGUUCAGUUUGUCGAAGAGGUGUCCCUCGGGAUGUCACUCAACAGGUUCAUCGUGGACCUCAAACUCCUGAGCGAAACGGUGACGUGCGACGCCGCGAUCUUUCCGGCUUUGGAAGCCCGGCGAAGGAACAGAAGUGCUUUGAACCGAGCCACGGAUUUCGUGCUGACUCGCCGAGCCGAUAGGCAGCUGGCGGCAGACUUCGAGCACUUCUCGGGGCACUCGUGUCUACUAGCUCACCUCAUGGCGGUCACGGGCAAGACGGAAUCGGAAGCGCUGGCAGAGCUCACUGCGGCCGAGCACUAUCUCGAAGACAACUAUCUGGUUCUCACGGGAAUCGUCAAGCACUCUCUGGUUUGCCAGCCGACCGAAGCCACGCAGCUGGACGCGCUCAACUCGCACUGUUGGCGCGCACUGGUGCGCCAUCUGAAGAUUACGGACGUUCUCAAUUAAGCAAGCUUCCCGUGCCAUUCGGACAAACCUUUUCUUAAUGCU